AUGACAUUAAAUUCGCUAUUACUUUUUAUUCUAUAUUUAAGUACUGUAGAAAGUUUUAGGAGGGGAGUCGAAACUAUUGAAAAUAGUAGGUAUGUAACGCUUUCUAGUGGUAGGACGAAAUAUCGUAUAUUUGGUACAAAUAAUCCAAUACAUAAAAGAAUUGUCACUAUUCAUGGUCUCCUUGGUUGUGGUGAAGAAUAUAAUAGAUGGAGGGGUACUAUCGUAGGUCGUGGGUAUCAUUUAUUGCAAUAUGAUUUAGUUGGACAUGGAUUAUCAGAGUGGAGGAUAAAAGGUCUUCUUAAGAUAGAUGACUUUGUAAAGCAACUUCGUGAAUUAUUAGUAGCUAUUGGUUGGACUAAUUCCAAGAUUAUAUUGAUUGGAUUAUCUCUUGGUGGCCUAAUAUCGGUGAAUUAUUCAGUAAAGUAUCCUGAACAUAUAGAAAGUUUAAUUUUGUUGGCCCCGGCAGGUAUAAUUUCAAGAUAUGAUUCACCUAAUUUAUAUAAACUCUCAAAGAUAUUUAGUCCUUCUUUAGCUAAGAAUAUUCAUAAAUACCCGAUAUUUCUCAAAACUAUGAAGGAUUUUUUAAAUUUACUAGGAAUAAUAUCCAGCCCAUACGAUCCUUAUUACAUUAUGAAAUGGUCCACUAUAUUUAAAAUAGGAUUGGGUGGAAGACUAUUUGAAAGAUAUGAUGAUUAUAAAAGGCUAGCUAAAAUAAAAGAUAUGUUUCCAAUAUUGUUCAUUUGGGGAGGAAAUGAUUUGGUAUUACCAUUAAAAUUUGCAUUUUCAUUUUUAAAAGCGAAUUUCCCAGAAUCUAGAAUUGUGAUUCUACCUUUUACAUCACAUGUACUUACAUUAGGUAGUUUAUCUCCAAUAAAUAUAGCAUUGGAAUUCCUUGAGAAAACUACUGUUGGAAAUACUUUAGAAUCACUAAACGAAGAAUCUAAUGAAUUUCAAAUAAUUGAAGGAAUUAAAUUCAGAUAUACUAAUAAUUCAGUUAUUUAUCAAAUAAACACUGAAAAAUAUCUAAUUGAUGAUUAUACAGAUAUAUUAAACUAUGGAUAUUCUUAA